AACUAAUGUAAAUAUAAUGAAGUGAAAGCCUUGAAAACUAUUUAGAAUUUUCUGUAAUUGUGAUUUGUGUUUAUUUGCGGAACACAAAUUGUCGAGAUAAGUAUGUCAGAUAGUGAUACAGAUGUGUUUUCGAACAAUGUUUUUACGCACCAAAAUCGAAGCACGCGAGUUUGUGCCAAAGGCCCAAACGUGAACACUACCAGCUUUAACGUUCAAAAUACCAACAUGCUGACUGCAAGUAUGAAUAUGCAUUGGAAUAUGGAACGGCCACGGUAUGCAGAGUCUGUGUACGAUCAAAGAAGCAUGUAUAGCAGGCGAGAGACGUCCCCUAUGUCGUUUCAUAGCGCUUCAGGUUUACAUUUACGUAAUUUACAUCAUUCGUAUUACCCUGGUGGAAUGAGCUCACAACGAUCGAUGUACAAUGGAAGGAGUGGUUCACCAAUGUCUGUACGAACAGUAGAUUCUAACACAAGUGCUACAGAUAUAGCUUUAGCACUAAAAACCAGAAAGUUUAAUAGAUUUGACAUGCAGAUCAUAAAGGAAGCUUACAACAAAUUUAUAAAACGCAGAGUUCGUAAAAGAAUUGAAAAGAGGCGUAAUUUGCGAACAUUUUUGAAAGGAUGUCGUCGAUUAUCUGGUGGAGAGUCCGGGGACCAAGCAAGUGAUUCAUCCUUAAGCAGUGAUGAUCAUAGAUCACUUAGAUCAUCUAAAACUGCUACUUUUAAUCAUAGUGCAAAUCGUACUUCAAGUAAGAUAAACUUGAUGAAUUUAAAAAAGACCAUGAAAGAAAGUGGAAUGUACAGAGACUGCACUGAGCAUUUGAGACAGAAUCGCUUCCUUAAUAUGAUGUCAAUCCCUCCAGGGAGUAUGCAGGAACAUCUGCAAUCCAGACUAAAUAAUACCUCUUACAUGGCUAAGCAUGGUAGGCAUGGGUUUAUCUUACCAUCGCAAAGAUUCAACGCCAACCAAUUUGUUGCCCCACCACCCAUACCUGAAAUGCCACAUCUAGGCCCACAAAUAUUUGACAACCAAAUAACAAAUGGAACACAAAAUGCAAAUCUAAAUAAUUUUAAUAAGAACAGAGAUCAUAUAAGAGAACCCAGCCAAGAAGCAAUAAGUGAACAGGAAGAAAUAUUUUCUGAAAUAACUAUGAUGCAAAAAAACAGUGAAACAAAAUCACAACGCAAAAGAGUUCUGGAGGAAGAAAAUAUUACUUUUGGUAGAAAGAAAAACAAGUUAUCUACACCUGUUAAAAAUGUUGUAAAUCAUGAUACACUAAAACCUAAACAAACUGUUAGUAAAUCAAAUAAUCAAGGCAACAAAAGUGAUUUUGUAUUUGCUAAACCUCAGCAGCCUGUUAAAAAGCCUGCUAGUAUUAAAAACCUGAAUGUGAAAUCACUACAAGUAUCUUGUGGAAAAUCUAAAUCACUUAAGAUGUGUAGCACAAUUCCAUCUAAAACCCAAACACCACAAAUUGUUUUGAAUCCACAACAACAGGAAACUUUAAUUUCGAAAUCUCAGGCACCAGUGAAAGAGAUUAUACCACAAAUCCAAACUCCAAGAGAAACAGUAUAUCAAUCACCAGAAAAAAUUAUAUCAAAAUCGUCUCAACCCUUGGAUCUAGAACAACAGAGAAAUCUAAACCUGCCACAAAAUAGUUAUGAAAAGGACCAACAUGAAAUGACACAUUCAACCACUGAUAUAUCAAUGAGGCCAAGUUUCAUCAAAAGGAAGCUAUUUACACAAAAAGUAGAUGAAACAGAAAAUAAUGGAAGCUCAGAAAGUUAUCAGACACAAAGUCCACAAUCAAAUAUUUACAGCAAAAUACAUAAGGAGAAAAACAAGGCUAGGAAGUUGGUAACACAGUCAUGUUUGAGUAGAGACCUUGGGGAUACUAGCAAUUUGUUAGAUUUGAUAUAUAAGAUUGUUCCACCAGAUCGAAUGAACCUUACAACAGUUACAAACAAGAGUGAGAUUCAAAUGAACAAGGACAAAUCAGCUACUAGUGACAAGUGGGACAUCACAGCAAUCAUAACUACUAAUAAAAGUGAAGAAUUAAGUGAUACAUUCACUGAUGAUGAAAUAUUCAAAUAUGAUGAAACCAAACAAAAUCAAGCAAAUAAUAAACAAAAUUAUAUAAAGAGUAAUGAGAAGGAAAAUGUGGUUGCAAAGAAUAAGAACAAUUCAACUUUGAAAACUGUUCAUAAACAAUGCAAACCAGUAAAUUCAAAAAUUGUAAUAGACAACAAUAUAAAGUGUAGUAACAAAGUACUUCUAAAGAAUAGUGAAAAAGUUGAGACAUAUAAGAAAACUGACUCAAACAACCGGACAAAAAAUUGCCCGAUAUUGCCAAAAUCCCCGAAAAUUAUAUUACAAAAAAUAUCACCCCAAAUUGCAAGACAAAUGGAAAAUGUUAAAAAUUUACAAUCAAAUAACGAGCCUUCUACAUUCAAGAACACAAAUGAUGUUAACAACAAGACAAAGUACUGUGUUAAAUUAUUUUGGAACGAGACUGAUAGUGAUUGCGCAGCAACAUCUGUGAAAAAGCCUGAACUAAAUGGAAAAGAAUUAACAAAAUCGCGUACUGUAAACCACUCCAUUUCUAACCAAAGGAAUAAUACUCAAAUUGAGGUACCAAUAAGACAAGCUAUUACUGCAAAACCUAGUUUAACAACAAACAUAUCUUUUAAUACAGCACACUCGAAAAGCAACAAAUUAUUAGACGAUGCGCCAAAUAAGGGUAAAGUAAUUCAAAGUAAAGAGAAAACUGAUGUAAACAAAAUUGUAAAAGUUCAAGUACAACAAAAUAAAGAAAGAACCUUUAACAAUGGCUUGAAAUCUAGGCAGAAUAACACAGAAACUAAUAAAAAAACCUACAUAAAAUCAACACCUAGUGCUACCAAAGUAAACACAAGCAGAAAAGAGGACAAAAUAUUAAAAAUUAAUAACAACCCAGCCCAGAUUACGGCAAAAAAAAUAUCAAAAAUUAAUAAAAAUUACACUGACUGUAUAUUGAAUGACACUGUGAACACCGCCGAUGAGACGAAACUUUGUAGAACACUUAGAUCGAGAGUUAUUGACCUAUCAACUUCAAUGGAUACAGAAAGUUCACCUUUGAACAAAAAGACCGUUCUGAGGAAGGGCAAACAAACACCCGUAAAGAAUAAAUAUGUUAAAAAACUCAGCAAUAAGGAAAAUAUUUCAAAAACAAGUGAUCAAUCUUUCACUUUAUCAUCGGAAACCCCUCUAGCAAGUAAACUUGCUGCCAAUAAGAGAGUUAAAAAUGUGAAUAAUGUAAAACCGAAUGUAACUAAAUCAAGACAGAGUGAUGUGUCAUUUGCUUUAGGAGAAAAGGUGCUGAAUCAUACAUCUGCAAGUACAAGAAGGCAUAAAGAAGUAGAAAAGUUGCAACUUGGUACACCGAAGUUUUUCAACUCGGGCAAAAAAUCGCCGUUGAGGAAGAGAGUAGAAUCUGCCAGGUUGAAUAAAUCUAGAAGUUCUGUGAGGUUGAACAGAAGCAAAGUAUAUUAGUGUUAGAAAUGCGAUACUUGUUUUCUGAUAGAAAAAAAUAACAUCAGUGAAGUUGUGGCAAUGAUGUUUCUACAUUUUCGUGUUUAAAUUAUGAUAAUAACUAAUAGAUUUUAAGAAUGUGUAA